CCAGACGAUCACAAGGAGCCCUUAUUCCGAGAACCUCUCGCACAUUGUGUGGUAGAGCGUUCACUGUGGCAAAGAGUGGCAUUUUCCCCACUGGUAGCCGAUUGGGAUUUCCAAAUAGAAGUUAGUCCGGCGUCAAGGAAGUCACAUCACCAGCAGCCCUCUCCGCGCGAAGACACAUCCAAGGUCGACAUGGCGGUGCUGAUCCUCGUUCUGCUGGCGCUCGCUGCUGGAGGACACGCUGCGGUCCUUUCCGGCAACGACGACGAAUUGUACGCCGUGCCUGACGGCCUCCUCAUCGGCGCCGGAGUGUCUGCGUUCCAGACCGAAGGCGCCUGGAACGAGGAAGGGAAGGCCGAGAGUGCUGCGGACCAUCUUUUCCGGACCGGGAACCUGACCAGCAUGGGUGUGACCGACCCCCACCUGCAGGACCGAGCAGCCGACUCGUACCACAGGUACAAGGAAGACAUCAGAAUGGCGGCCGAACUCAAGCUGAAACUGUAUCGUUUCUCGUUAUCCUGGUCGCGGCUUCUCCCCACUGCCAACGCGGCCGAGCCGAAUCCACAGGGCGUCGACUUUUACAGGAACUUUAUAUCAGAGAUUCUCCGCUACAACAUGACUCCUCUGGCAACAUUGUACCACUUCGAUCAUCCCCAAAUACUCGAGGACCAAUUCCAUGGAUGGCAGUCGCCUCAGAUGGUGGUCAAAUUUAAGGAGUACGCUGAGUUCGUGUUUAAAGAGUUCGGGUCAAUGGUUCCGUUGUGGGUGACACUCAACGAGCCCAACAUGUACUGCAGCUACUUCCCGUCCAUGUUCAUCGCCGGGGGACUUUACAAACCAGAGGACCAGAACUGGUACUCGUGCAUCCGACACGCCAUCCUUGGCCACGCGGAGGCCUACCACGCCUUCAAGGCCGCCCGGCUCCAGGGUCAGAUAGGCUUCUCUGCGGUCCUCAUGACCGGGUACCCGAACACGACACGUGCGGAGGAUGUCUACGCCGCCGCCGCCUACAACUCACUGCAAGCCGGCGUGGUUCUUGAUCCGGUGGUGUAUGGAGACUACUCGCAGUUGACCAAGGAAAUCCUGGGAUCCAAACUAGUGCCGUUCUCAGAGGAAGAGAAAAAAUUGAUUAAAGGAUCAACGGACUUCCUUGGCUACAACAUUUACGAUGGAGGUUCAGUGAGCUGGCAGAAUCCGAACGCCAGCAGUGGUGAUCCAACCCCAUUCAAUGGUUCGCCACUUCAAGAAGUGAGGUUUUUCAUCACCCAGCGGUCAAAGUCACUCAUUGACUUUUACGCGAUACGGGAAUGCGUUGUGUGGGCCUGGACCAACUACAGAGUGCCCGUAUUGAUCACAGAGAAUGGCAUCGGGAGAAAUGACAUCAAAGCGGCGUACCACAGUGCCUACCUUCGCAUGCUGGUGAAGACGGUCAAGGAGUUCGAUAUCAAAGUGAUUGGAUACACUGCGUGGAGUCUCAUCGACGCGUUCGAGUUUACCGGUGGAUUCACGCGACCGUACGGACUGAUCCACGUCGAUUACGAAAACGGAACUCUGGAACGGAGCCACAAAGACUCGGCCUCCUUCUGGAUCGAAAUGGCAGACACAGGCAACGUCCCUCUUGUGAACCUGCCGUCGUCGGCGACCGCCUCCUGCGUAUCCAUCCUGCUGUUGUGUGCAUCACUGGUUUUCACUUCAAUUUUAUAACCCUUGCAAGAUCUGUAAUUUGCGAGGGGGCAACCACUCUAGAAAUCUUGUGUCCCCUUAGUGCUAGAAAUCUCUGGGAAAUAUAAAAUCUUGCCCCCCUAAAGGCCAAAAACAAGCUAAUUUUGAGCGGAAUAACGGGUAAAAUCUUGCGAAAUUCGACGAAAUCUUUAGCCCGAAGAAAUCUUGUGUCCCCAAACAUCCUAUGUGGUUGCCUUCUCGGUAAUUUGCUCCGUCUUGUCUACCCUGUUCGUUGCAGCUUGAGCUUUUUCAGUGCCCACUGUGAAACAAGUUUGCAAUUUUCAAAGCAAUUUUGAUGAGAAUGUGCCGAACUCGUGUAUGAAUUAUACUAAACAUUGCAAAA